AUGGCACUGAUUCGAAGAGCACCUCUCUCUCUUCUACCAUUCGGAUUUCGCGACGCAGAACUUGUGUUCAUGGCCAGCAGACUUCUCUUCUCCACGGUGGACGUGACGAAGCAGACCUUCUAUCGGUCGUCGUUAUCGUUUGCCAUUGUCAACCUCAAGCCCAUUGUUCCAGGCCAUGUCCUCGUUAUCCCAACCAGAGUGGUCACGCGUAUGACUGACCUCCCGGAAGCAGAGCUAUCUUCUUUGAUGCACUCGGUGCAAGCUGUUGGGCGUGUCGUGGAGCGCGCAUAUGGUGCAGAUGGUCUGACAGUAGCUUGCCAGGAUGGAAAAGCAGCUGGACAAACGAUGCCACAUGUUCACUUCCAUAUAUUACCCCGGAAGUUACAAGGCGACAGAUUCUCAAAGAAUAACGACGAAGUUUAUCCAGCGAUAGAACAAUCAGAAGCGGAACUAUCCACGAGAUACGAAAGAAAUGCCCCGGUCCCGGCAAUGGAAGGAACUAAAAUGGACGCUGAUGAAGAUAGAGUAGCGAGAACAUUGGGAGAAAUGGAGGAGGAGGCUCGAUGGCUACAAGGGUUCUUUGGGCAACAACAAACAACUUGA